ACGGUGCGACUCGGCCUGGGUGUACGAGCACUUUCAGUGGUAAACAUCAGUCGGUGCGAGAACGGCGUCGGAUGGAUGUUUCAUCGUGACGUCACACCCGGUGCUCGGUGCGACCCGGCGCGUCUCGCGUGAAGGAGUGUUGCGCGUGUGCGUCUGCUGCAUGCAUCUUCUGAGACGCACCUGUGCGGUCGUGCGUGCACUCGAGGCGACGGGUCACCCUCGUGCCUAACGUCGGGUCGUUGCGUCCUUGCGAGCCGAGCGAAGGUAGCGGCGAGUCAACGGUCACCGCGUAAUCGCCGCAUCCUCCCGACGCGACCGGAGGGCACCGUCCCGGCACCGACCACGACGUUGCGGUCCUCCUGAUCGGCGCGACGCAUCGCCGCCGGUGUGGGAUCCGGCCCGCGUUCCUUGCGGCUACGACAAAGGCGGCAAAGGUGCGUACUGAAAGUGGCCACGAAGAUCACGGCUGGCAGGAAGCUGAGGUUUGCGAAGUGUCACCACGCGUCACGCCGGGGUGGUGGGUCUAUGGGGGGCACCGCCCCAGCGGCCCCCCGGCGGCACGAGUCCAAACGGCAGCUGCCGGAACGGCGGUGCCAUCCUGGCACGGGCCAAGACCGCCCCGCUUCCGGUACCACCGUCCAAACGGAUGAAGAGUCCCUCCAACAUCAUGAGGCAGUCCAGCCUCACGAAAUUAGGUUCCAUGAUCAACACCGCCGUGAACAAGCGUGCCGGCAAUGGUGACAUACAGUGGUGUUUCUCGCAAGUGAAGGGGACCUUAGAAGACGAUGUCACAGAAGCUGAUAUAAUCUCAUGCGUUGAGUUUAACCACGAUGGCGAUCUCCUUGCAACAGGAGACAAGGGUGGACGUGUUGUCAUUUUUCAGAGAGACCCCGUUAGUAAAAAUAGUAUACCACGAAGAGGCGAAUACAAUGUGUAUAGCACCUUCCAGAGCCAUGAGCCUGAGUUCGAUUACCUAAAAUCACUAGAGAUAGAAGAAAAAAUUAAUAAAAUUAGGUGGCUAAAAAGAAAAAACCCUGCCCACUUUUUACUCUCCACGAAUGACAAAACAAUCAAGUUGUGGAAAGUCAGUGAGAGAGAUAAAAGAGUGGAGGGGUAUAAUACGAAAGAAGAAAAUGGCGCGAUCCGUGAUCCUGCCUGCAUCACUGCCUUGAGGGUGCCAACCAUAAAACCAAUGGAGUUGAUGGUGGAGGCAUCACCAAGGAGAAUAUUUGCCAAUGCGCACACCUAUCACAUAAACAGUAUAAGUGUCAACAGUGAUCAAGAGACAUACCUCAGUGCUGAUGAUCUUAGAAUUAAUCUUUGGCACCUUGAGAUAACUGACCAGAGUUUUAAUAUAGUAGACAUUAAGCCAACUAAUAUGGAAGAGUUAACGGAAGUGAUAACUGCGGCGGAAUUUCAUCCCGCGGAAUGCAACGUGUUGGUGUACAGUAGUAGCAAGGGAACGAUUAGACUUUGCGACAUGAGAUCUGCUGCUCUUUGCGAUCAGCAUAGCAAACUCUUCGAAGAGCCUGAGGAUCCAACCAACAGGAGUUUCUUCUCGGAAAUUAUUUCAAGUAUAAGUGAUGUGAAACUCAGUAAUUCUGGGAGAUACAUGAUCAGUAGAGACUACCUCAGUGUGAAAGUGUGGGAUUUGCAAAUGGAGACGAAGCCAAUUGAAUGUUAUCCUGUACAUGAAUAUUUAAGAUCAAAAUUAUGUUCAUUGUAUGAAAACGACUGCAUCUUCGACAAGUUUGAAUGUUGUUGGAGCGGUAAUGACUCUGCUAUCAUGACGGGCUCGUACAACAAUUUCUUCAGAGUAUUCGAUCGCACGACCAAGCGCGAUCUUACUUUAGAGGCAGCACGCGACAUUGCCAAACCAAAAACACUCCUGAAGCCAAGAAAGGUAUGCACCGGCGGUAAACGCAAGAAGGACGAGAUCAGCGUCGACUGCCUGGACUUCAAUAAGAAAAUACUUCACACUGCAUGGCAUCCAUCGGAAAACGUGGUGGCGGUCGCCGCUACGAACAAUCUCUUCCUAUUCCAAGACAAACUCUAGCACAUCUGUAUGCAAAUUAUACAACGGUAUAUACUUACGUGAGCUAAGCACGUUGAACUGAAAACUCCCAGUGGAACCAUGGUGUCCAAAUGAUACCGACGACGAAACGAUAAGUCGACUGCUAGUCUGUCAGUGGUUGACUGACCGAGGAGUGGUGUACGUACCGCCGUCCACGCAGCUCACACGUUCAUACACGCUAUAUAAAUACACGGAACAUACACACAGACAUACAGAAUUUGCACCCCAUACUUUGUCGCGCGCAUAUGUGUAAUGGAAAAAAAGACAUGCAAACGCGAAACACGCAUAACUCUUCCGGCUAUCGAAUCCGCUAGCUCAAAUGUAUCUGCUGAUGAAAGAGAGGACGUACGAAUCCGGCAAAAUAUGUGAUUCGACUAAUUCGCAGACUCGUGUUGGCAGUUAAUAUAUGAUUUAUAAGUAUCAACGAUUAAUGAUUCUUUGUGCUUGUGUAUUAUAGAAAUUGUGCCAUUCCAUGGUGCAGUCUAUGCGUCAAGUCACUGUAGACCGAGUGUAGGAUCAUUAUAUCGCGGUGCGGGACGGCGCCGCGGUGUAAGCGUGGAGGGCGAGGAUGAUGAGUUGCGGGGAGGCCGCUCGCCGGUUCUCCAUGUACAAUGAAUACGAACAUGUGGUACAAACCUUAAGUUUUCCUUACUUAACAUGCCUAACUAGCGCGAAAAACGGAAGAUCAGUCGUGCCAACGAGAUUAAUCUAAUCAUUGUGAUAAUAAUAACUUUGCAUUGUCACGCCGCACUUCCCAGUUAACCAUGAAACCAGGUUUUCCUCGUACGAAUUACAUUGCAAUUGAUAAUCCGAGCGUUGCCGAUCGAUUAAAGUAUAAAUGAGCAUUUACAGCUGUUUACGGAAUCGAAAUAAUGACAGUUACCAUUAUGAGGAAGCUCGACUUUCGACAUACUCAAAAUUAUCUGUCUACCAUUUACGAUUUAGUGUCACAUAUUAAACGUAGGCCUAUUUUCUCAUUAGUUGAUUACUGCUGCAAACUGAUUCUUCUUUGUCUCGGUCGCAGACCAGUCGCCAAUACGAGUCGAACGAUAAUGGAGAGUAACAUAUUUUCCCUUCCAUUUUAUAUCCGGACAUAACUAAAUGUUGCUGCACUAAAUAUAUCGAGCAAUAAGCGGCGCCGAUUCAAAAUAAUGUAUAUCAAUUGUCAUUUUCUAAAAGGAAAUUGCCCCGACCAGGAGACUAAUGAAAAUUGAAUAGAUGGAAUACAGAUUUUCUAAUCUUUCUUAUCAAUAUAAUAAUUUGUUCACACUCUUGUACUCCUACAGAUAUAAGCAGCAAUUUCGUACAUGGAUAAAAUAAACCUAAAAGUGCAUUUCUGACGAUGGUAAGCUGGGUUUGCAGAGUUUAUAUAAAUAAAAAGUAUUUGCUGAACAAUAUACACCAGUAUAAUGUAACUUUGAUAAAUAAUCCAAAUCAUAUUGAAGCAGAGUUCAUAUUGAAAACUCGCACGUUCAAUCCUCCAAGUUAUUUCAUUCUUCCGAGACGAUAUCAAUUUAAUUGCGUUGUCAUAGCUCUUUCGAUCGUAUUCCCAAGCUAUGGAUCGAUAAAAAUGUACACGAUAUAUGCAAGGAUAUUAAUGUAACAUGCGAGAUAUGAUAUUGAUACUAUGAAUUAUAACGUUGAUGCGGAAUGUAAUAUAUUAUAUCGACAUGGCAUCAACGUUAUAGCUGUCUCUAUAUAUAUAUAAGCAAUUCAAUAAAGUAACGUAAUAAAGUAGAUGAUGCUGGCGACAAAACUAAUAAAAGUAUUCGCAAAGAAUUGCUUGGUACAUGUGUACAUACCGUGUUCUGCGCGUGAAAUUUUCGACGGCAGCUGUCUACAAGGACAAUCGAUAUGUGCACCACAAAGUCUGAAAGCUUUGCCGCGCGUUAAAUUGUACGCUUUCAUCGCAAUUGAUAUUGUAAUUUCCACACACGGCGAGAGUAUUGUUUAAAUGUAUAAAGACGCAUGAGAUGCACACAUUACGAUGUACUUCUAAAAAAUUCCUACAGAAGAGGAAAGGAAGAAACAUCGACGUUUUGCCAGUGAUAUUGUAUCGUAUCCUUUGUGUUGCGUGUGAGUUUUGAAUAUGAAUUGUGACGAUGUAAACUUAUUUCUAAAGUAAAAUUAGCAUGAAAAAGACAGCUUCACGAUAACAUAAGAGUAAAGUUACAGAUUUAUAUAGAGACGAGAUUGAGGUACAAUGAACAGAGGAAAAUUAUGCACACGUGAGAUGUAAUUUUCUAUGUUAAAAAAACAACUAACGCAGAAGCUUCAUUACUAUAAAAUAACCGCUUUGGCGAUCACCAGUCUAUAGGAUUGAUCGAAGUUAAAUAAGUUUCAUGUACAAAUCAUUCUCGACAUAUUGGACAAAUAAUUUUCAAGAUCUCCCUUAAUCGAUAGAAGCGAAUAGGUAGCUUUUUUUAAAAGGAAAAUGCGAUGAUCGAACUAUAUAUAUCUAAGAUUGAUCUGAUUAAGCUCGUAGAUCAUGAGUGAAACUCUUGACGAAUCGCAUAUAGAAAAGAAUCUAAAUACUUAGUGAUUUAAAUAUAAACGGAUUCAUUUGAAGUUUUUGUACUCUGGAUCGUUUCCAUUCGUUAUCCGCACAGUCGUUUAAUCGAUUUCACGUAAGUACCGUUAAGUUGUGAUUCGAGAUACCUUGGACAUCCUAUGCGCCGAUUUCUAGAGCCAAUAAAUUGCGUAUUGUUUCUUGUAA